UGCGCAUGCGUACUUUGAAUACCAUUCCUAUCAAGAUGGCGACCAAACAAUGGCCUCAAAACGAAAAAAAAUCCCCAUAAUGCAAAUGAAAGUUGCUGUCAGUUAGUGACCUUUACCAGAAGUUAUGGAAAAGAAGGAGCAAUUGGAUGAAUCAGAUGGAAAGCAAAAAGAUGAAAUUCCACAAGGAUAUGAGGAAUACCUUGUGCUUCUUCAACAAAGAAAUAGAUUGUUGAAGAAAUUAAAGGCCAAAGACAAAAAGCAAAAAGAUUUGGAAAAAAGGGAACAAGGAUUUUCACUUUACUUGAAUGGUGCAAAUGUUGAUUUGAAACUUGGUAAACCAGAGCACAAAUCUGCAAGGAAAGCAAAGACAGCUGAUGUGGAAAAUAAUGGAAGACACAACUUAGCUGAAAGUCCUAAAGCAGUUGAAGAGGACAGCUCAAGAGCCUGGACUGCUCCAUCAAAACAUGGAAGGAGAGGAUGGGGAAAGUCUCCAUCACAAAUAAAGAUAAAGACAGAGAAAGGUGAAAACAUGGAAUUUAAAACAGGGAAAGUGACCGGAAAAUACAGUGAAGACUUUGAAGCUUAUCAGAGUUUGCUGGAGGAACAAUUAGCUGAAGAGGAUGAUAGUGAUGAAGAAAUAGGAGAGGAAGAGGAGAUCCAGAAGGGUGAACCUGAAGAAGAGACAAUUGAAGAUCAAACAGGCACAGAUGAAGAAGAUAUAGAGGAAACUGACGACAAUGACCAGAAAAUGACAUUGACCAUUAAAGACGUAAAGGCUCUACGAAGAAGUAUAGAAGCAAACAAAGAAAUUGUUGAAAGCAUACGAAGUAUCAGAGAAAAUAUACCAGAGGCUGAUAAUUCAGAUACUGAUGAAGAUAUUGAAGAAGAUAUUGAUAAAUUGCGAGAAAGUCGUGAAGUAGAUCCUUCGCAGCUUCCUCAGUUGGGAAAGACAUUGCCCAAGGGUAAUUUGGAGAGUGACUUGAAGGAAGACAAAUCUUCUUCCGCGAAGACUGUGAUGGAAUCUUACAACAGCAAAAGUGAAACUGGCAAUAACGACAAAUUGGAACCUCAACCUUUUAAAAGAGUAGAACAGCCAGUGGAGAUGAUUUCUGCUCCUAGAAAAUCCAGGCCGUUAUCAGCGAGUCGAAAGCGAAGACAAGAUGACUCCACAAUCAGUAGCGACGCUUCAGUUGAAAUAGCUAAUGCGAUUUUGGAAGAAAAUAGAAAAAUUGAAGUAAAACAAAGUGACCCUCCAUUUGGCAGUCGUGUUGAAAGAGAAACAAAAUCUGCUCCAAGCAAGCAAAAGCAAUCAGUAACCAAUGAAGAGCCAGUAAACAGACCGUCGUCAAUAGCAACUGCUACAGUAGACAACGAAAUGAUAGGAUCAAUUGUGGAGAGAGUAAAGAAAAUGACUGCAAAACAACAAGUACAUUUGCUGAAAAUGCUUUCGAAGCUUGAGGAGCUUGAUAUCACUGAAGACGAUGCCACGUUUAGCACGGCGUUUUUCGAAAAGAAGCGAUCACGUGAGUCAACUGAAGGGGUAGCAGUAGGGCCGCUGUUUAAAGAAACCAGUGAAAGUCAAGUAAAAGGCACUACAGCAUUGGAAAGUAGUGCUAUAGUCUCAUCAGGGAGUGAUGAAACUGACUGUGGUAAAGUGGAUAUUUUGGAAGUUUGUGUUGAAAUCAAUUCAAACUGGGGACACCCGGAUAUGGUUGGGUUGACAGAGGUAGAAUUUUUUGAUGAUGACAAAAAAGCAGUCCGUUUGAAAGAAGACCACAUUGAAGUUCUUACGACUGGUAUUUGCUAUACACCAAACCGUAAUCUGGUCAAUAGUAAAACGAAGACUGUUAAAGAGAGACAUAUGUGGAAAUGCCAGUUAAAACAGGACGAAAAUGUCAAGCUGAUAUUUCAUAUUCCAAAGGAUCUCAUACCUGUCCGAAAAUCCAACUUUGGAAUAACAAAGAUUGCAAUAUGGAAUUAUAACAAGAGCCUCUACGAGUUGAAUAUUGGUGCAAAGGAAGUCAAAGUAAUGAUUGAUGAUACACUAGUAUGGGAAGGAAUCGUCGAUAAGGGAUGUGGUAACCAAGUGUUUGAUUACAGCAAAGUGAUAAAUCUUUAUGAAGAUGAAGUUCCUGUUGAGACAGGGAGAGAAUCACAAAAUGAAGCAACAGAGAGAUGCAAAACUGCCACGUUAACGAGAGACUCCAGCGAGCUUGCAAAUUUACCGAAGGUCGAGACUCAACAUAUUUCUAACAACCAAACUGAAGCAGAGGGUUCCAACAGAAAGGCUUUUGCCAGCGAUGAGAUAUUUACAAAACCAAGACCUCCUUCAACGAAGGCAGACCAUCCUGUCAGGCGCUCUCCUUUGCUCAGGAAACUAACCCCUGACAGCACCAUUCCCGUCUCUGCAGAGAAACAAUCUGUAUCAAGGUCUGUCACAACGCCUAAUAUGUCAUCACCAUCGGAACAGCCGAUUCCAUCAGACCCUUGCAUAAGGGACCAUCUACCAGCAUCUCGUUCUUCGAAGAUUUCAACAGAAACAGAUCCAAUCUCCCGAAAUAGCGCGACGAAUGAUGAAUCAGAUUCUGCUGAAAAUUUGGUGGACCAAAAACCCGUAUGGCUGCCUGAUGCCGUCAGAGAUGCCAAAGAUGAAAAAAGUUUCACUGCCGAAGUGGAGAAUUCUUCAUCUCCCAGACCUCGAUCAAGGCCGACAAGCGGUCGCAGAGCAGGAGCAAAAAGCACCUCUGAGGGAUCUAACGCUCGCACGGCGUCAGCUGGGAGAAGAAAAGGAACGCACUUGGCGAAUGAAGAGGACCGUCUGGAUGCUGAUGCAAAGGAAGACAUUUCCGAAUUUCUGAAUGAAAAACCAAAGCAGAAGCGACCUCUUAGCGGACGAAGACGUAAGGAUGAAGUAGACGGAAGCACUUCAACUGGUAAAAAUGAAGAACAAGAUGGGAGGCGAAAAUAUCGAGAAAUAAUUGAUAAAGAGUUCGAACAAUCUUUAGAUUCAAUCAACAAAUUUGAACAUUCGCACCUUGGAAGGAUAACGUCCAAUUUAAAUCUAGAGGCAGAUGGAGAUGCAUUGGAUGCAUUGAUACAACCAAACCGGGCAGUCAAAGAAGAAAGUCUCUGCAGCGAUAAAUCCAUAGAAACACAAGAAACUUCUCAAAGGGAUGUUUUCGAGAUACCGACUCUUCCAACUGGCAGGAACCUCGUUCUCAAUUUAAAAAGCACUUGGGGCGAUCGGCAUUAUAUAGGACUGAAUGGAGUCGAGGUUUUCACAUCCACUGGGGAGCUUGCAAAGAUUCUUGAGAUCACUGCUGAUCCUUCCGACAUUAAUAUUCUCCCAGAAUAUGACCAUGACCCUAGAGUUGUUUCUAACCUUAAUGAUGGUGUCUAUAUGACAAGGGAUGAUUUGCACCUAUGGUUGACUCCUUUCACACCGGGGAAGAAACACAUUGUCAGUUUGGUUUUUGAUAAACCCGUGAUCAUUGCAAUGUUAAGGAUAUGGAACUACAAUAAAUCAAGAAUACAUUCAACACGAGGCGUAAGGGAUAUCGAAAUCACUCUAGAUGAUUCUCCGAUUUUUAAAGGAGAAAUUGCAAGGGCUAGUGGAAUUCUUUCCAAGGAGUCUGAGCCAUAUGGUGACAUUAUUCUUUUUACAACUGAUGAAGAUAUAUUAGAAGAAGUUGCAAAACAUGAUUUUACAUACGAAUAUGACAUUGUAGAGGAGGAAGAGGAGCAAAUGAUGCAAUCAGUGGAGCGGGAUAGACCAAAAACUGCAGACCAAGGGAAUUUAAUGGAACCUCUUGAAAGACCAUACACGUGCCCAAAAUCAAGGCAGAAUGCAGACCGCAUAAUCGAAACUCAAGUGUCUACAAAUUUGGCUCCUCUAUUAGAAGAAUUGGAUUUUUCAGGGAAAGUGGUGCGGUUGAACUUCACCCAAACGUGGGGAGAUCAGUACUACCUUGGUCUCACCGGUAUUGAAUUACUUGGUGAAAAUUUUGAACCGUUGCCCAUUGAGUUAAGCUGGAUGGACGCAUGUCCACGUGAUCUAAACGAGUUAGAAGAUUAUGGUUGUGAUGACCGAACCUUAGACAAGCUAAUCGAUGGUGAAAAUGUGACGAAUUCAGAUGAGCAUAUGUGGCUAAUCCCUUUCACAGAGGGUGAAGACCAUAUUUUGACAAUUUCAUUUCCAGAAAAGAAACAUUUCACUGGGAUUCGGAUUUGGAAUUAUAACAAAACCACAGAAGAUACUUACAGAGGGGCGAAGAACAUGCAUAUGUACAUAGAUGACAAUGAGGUGUCGCCUGAAAUGGGCUUUUUACUGCGUAAAGGCCCUGGGCAUUGUCAUUUUGAUUUCGCCCAAGAUAUACUGUUUUAUCAAGAAGACGAAUCGAAUGAAAGGAAAGAAAUAACAAGACCGAAGGACAGAUGCACCCCACGCUGCGAGAAUGUUCUUCUACCAACUGGAUUUGUUUUCCAGAUUAGAUUAUUUUCAACUUGGGGAGAUCCAUAUUACAUCGGCCUGAAUGGAUUAGAGUUUUACAAUGAACGAGGAACAAAAAUCCCUCUGGAUGAGAACAAUAUCACUGCAUUUCCACACAGCGUCAACGUUUUAGAAGGCAUCGAAAAUGAUAUGCGAACGCCCGAAAAACUAGUUGAUGACGUCAAUGAUACUUAUGAUGCAUCUCACAUGUGGCUGGCCCCGAUUUUUCCAGGAGUUAUCAAUGUUAUUUAUAUUGUUUUCGACUCCCCGAUUUCGUUGUCAAUGAUGAAGCUGUGGAACUACAGUAAAACUGGCAGCAGGGGAGUUCGCCAAUUUGCUUUGCUAGUGGAUGAUCUUCUAGUGUACAACGGUGUUCUACCACAAGUUACCCAUCAUACUAGAGCAAUCUUGCCGACUUUGGAAAUUCCCGUUCCCUCUCACACAAUAUGUUUUACAGACGAACAGGAACUACUAAAUACAGCACCAAAAAAUUUGCAGAGCGCCGUUUCUGUUCCAAUUGAACAAGAUGUUCAAAUGACCAACGAUAAUUCUAUUGUCAACCCAUAUGCAAGUCCAAAUUCUGCAGGAAAAACUGUUGACCCAGCAAAUCGACCAAUGACUAGCUUCACCGGUACGAUUUUAAAAAGAUGACGAACGAUUGAUCUUACUGUGUUCUUGUAUAUAAUUUGUACAUUGCUUGUGAAAAAGUAGAUAACUUCAUUGUAUAUUGAGAAUAUACGUUCCUUUAGAAAUUUUAUCAAUUUCGCUGUUAAA